CUCACUCCAGCAGCAGUGUGUCCUCCCUAAACAAACCCGAGCAAUGCGCUUAUUUCCCGCACCCAUCGCAAGGGAGACACGCUCCGCGCUGAAAUGAGCCACAGGAUUAAACAGGGCAACUUUUAAAAAUCAUGGCCGAGACGGUGGAAAAGUAAAGCGAGACGCUUUGAGUACGGACUGCGCUCUGCUUUUGCGUACUAGAUGCUCACGAGUAUGCACGAGCCCAGCUGAUCGAGACUCGAACCCGCGGCGUUUGACGUGAAGAACCGCUAUCACCCGACUCUACAUCACCGUUCACUCCAGAAACGGCCGAGAUUAGUUCAUAAGUGCAGUGCAAUAAUUAAUGAUGGCGGGGACGGGAAUAUUGCUGGUGACGGCCAACGUUGGAUCGCUGUUUGAAGAUCUGGAAAAUCUACAGAAGACGUGGCUGCGGGAGUUUUACCAGACCGUUCAAGCACACAGGCCUCAUUUUGUGGCGGUUCACUGUCAGGAAGUUGGCGGGAAAAAUUAUGAAGCGUCCAUGACACACGUGGACAGCUUCAUCAAAGAGCUGCUGUCCAGUGAUGCCAUGAAGGAGUUCAACAGAGCCCGCAUCUACCUCGACAAGAACUACAAAUCACAGGAACAGUUCACAGCGCUGGGAUGUUGCUACUUCCUCCACGAAUCGCUGAAAAACAUCCAGCAGUUUGAUUUCAAAGUCAAGAAGUUCAAGAAGGUGGUUGGUAAGGAGGUUUACUCUGACACACUGGCGAGCACCGGCAUGCUGGAGAAAGAGAAGUUUCCUCAAGACUAUUUUCCUGAGUGUAAGUGGUCCAGGAAAGGCUUUAUCAGAACUCGAUGGACUCUCGCUGACUGUGCCUUCGACCUGGUCAACAUCCACCUGUUCCACGAUGCAUCAAAUUUGGUGGCGUGGGAAAAAAGUCCUUCAGUCUAUUCAGGCACGCGACAGAAAGCACUCAGCUACGUGCUGGACAGGAUCACAGAUCAGCGUUAUGAGCGGAUGCCGUAUUUCCUCUUCGGUGACUUUAACUUCAGGUUGGACUCCAAGCAGGUUAUUGAGAGUCUCUGCUCGACUGCCACCAUGCAGACAGUGAGAGCGGCCGACACCAAUGAAGUGGACAAAGUCAUCUUCAGAGAAUCAGACAAUGACCGCAAGGUCGUCUUACAGCUGGAAAAAAAGUUAUUUAACUACAUUAACCAGGAUGUUUUCCGGGAAAACAAUGGAACACUGCUUUUAGAGUAUGAUAAGGAGCUCUCCGUCUUUAAGGAGCGUCUUCAUGAGCUGGAGAUCUCGUUUCCUCCCAGUUAUCCGUACAGUGAAGACAGCAGUCAGGGGGAGCAGUACAUGAACACUCGAUGUCCCGCCUGGUGUGACCGAAUCCUGAUGUCGGCCUCAGCCAAAGAUCUGCUCAUAAAGUCAGAGAAUGAGGAGAAGUCAAUAGCAUAUGACAACAUAGGACCCCACGUCUGUAUGGGGGACCACAAGCCGGUCUACCUGUUCUUUCGGUUAAUCACAGGGGCUGGUAAACCUCAUGCACAUAAGCACAACUGUUGUGUCGUGCAGUGAUCUGGGAGAUGUUGCCAAAGGCUGGAGAAGAUUUCAUGAAAAGCGCCCCUGUGAGAAACGGUUGAAUGGACAAACGAACACACACACAACAUACACAGAUACACAAACACACAGAAGAGCCUGUAGAGACUUCAGCAGGACUGACCGGUCGCAUUUGUCGCAGUGCAUGCUGUCACAUCCAUAGAAACGACAGAUUGACUCAUCAUGAACGCUUUAAGGGUUGAAUUCAUGGACAUUCACAGAACACACUCACACGUGUUCUGCAUCGCUGCAUUCCCUCGAAACGCCGUGAGACAUUCUCACACGUCUUUGCCUUGUUUCCAAAACUCUAACAGACAUGAAAAACACUCUACAGAUUUUAAAAAGCAUACUUUUAAGUUUUAGAUACACCUCUCUACAUAUGACAACUUCUUCCAUAUAUGUAAGAUGUUUUAAAAAGUGCAAUGCAAACAAUGUUGCUGUAUAUCUCUAUUAUUAGGAUUAUUUGUACAUUGGACUAUGACAUAGAGGUGUGUUGAGUUUAGUGCUGUUUUCUAGACUUCCUCUGUUAGAAUAGAUUCUAGUUUUCUUCGAAACAUUUGUAUGAUUUUCUUUUUCUUUUGGUUUGUUUUUAUUUGAUUUGUUGCCGACUUGUGUCGUUACACCCUGCCAUGCCUCGUGCAGCCUCUCAUUUUAUAUACUGUACUUUUUAAAGAGAUAAUUCAUACCAAAAUGAUGCUGACAUGUGGAUACAAAAGGCUUCUUGAGUGUAAGUCAGCUGAAAUGUUUGAAUAGUUAUGAACAACCAGAUAAAACCACAUUAUCAUUUUUUAACAGAUGCCAUUUCAGCCAGUAUGAUUUAUAUAUAUAAUAUAUAUCGUUUUUUCCCCCUUUAAGCAGUGCCAUAAGCCGUGCAAUUAUAUAAGAUAGUUUCCUAUAGAAGUCUUGCCACUUUUCUUACUCUAACUUAUUUCUGUGUAAUAAUGUUAUGCUUCUGAAUGUGGUAAUUUAGAUAGGCUUGGGUAUCUGAAAAUAGCCGUAUUCUUUUUCUUUCUUUGUGUUUUAUUUGAUUGUUUUUGUGCCAUGGUGCCAACUGUUGAACACACAGUCAAAUGUAGAGUUUGAGUUUAUCCUAACUAUGUGCAGGCAAACUUUAACGGGAAAAAUACUCUAAAAUUAAGGGCCAGGAAGAAUAUCUUCAAUUUACAGUGUCCAUUUUACACAGGUUACCCAUUAAUAUGAUGGAUUACUAUAGUAGUAACUGUAAGCACAUGAUGAGUACAUGUUUUUAGCAUCACUUAUGUAAUUGCACUGUAACAUGAACACUGUAAAGUAAGAUGUUACCAUUUCUGAUGAAUUCCUUGAGCUUCAGUGCUGUUUAAAUGUUUCCUACUAUUGAUUUCAUUCAUUACACUAUAGAGAAUCCAUUCAAUUGAUCCUUGAUUUUUUCUAAAUCACCAUCAGCGGGAACGAUUUUGUGUCACCUUGACAGUGAUUUGGUUAGAUAAAAGGUCAGGUGAUAAAAUUCACUCUUCCUUAAGCAGAUAGAGAUGAGACCUCAUGGAUGGCAAGACCUGUAACCCCAUGAGACACAGUCAAACAAGCUUUGGCGUUUAGAUAUUUUACAUCAUUAUAGGUGAUGAUGCCUAGGUUAAGAUGUUUUUUUUUUUAUUAUUAUUACAGUCAUUAUUAUUUAUAAUGAUAUUGUUCUUAAAAUGUAUUUAUAUUGUUACCUUAUUGAUGAAAUGUUAUUAUAAAAUAAUUAUAAUUUGUUAUGGCCAGCUCCAGGAAGUCCUGCUUAAAAUGUCUCAGGAGAAAAUCUCAUGACAGUUCCAAUAAAUGUAUCAGAAAACAUUUAUUAAACAUGAAUCUGUAUAACCCCGACAGACCGCAUGUUUAUGGCCUGUCGGAAUAUAAAACUGCGGUUUUAUUUGUGAGUUUGCAUGUGAGGAAAAAUACAUGCAGGGCAAAAUAAAUAACAAUAAAAAUUCAGUUUUUAGAGUUUGACAUCGUAAAGCCGCCAAACAACUCCGUGUUUAAAUAGCUUGUUUAGAUGGAGAAAUAUAAGUUGAAAUCAAAUCAAUAAAGGCCUAAAAUAAUAGA